AUGUUUAUCAUUACGGUAAUUAAACUCUUGCUAAUUGCGCUCAACAUAUUUCCAAGCCGUUUCACAAAUCGGCGAAUCAUGUUUCUCAUCUACAUGACGAAUUUAGUGACACAUGUUAUGAUGGAUGAGCCACGUUUUGCACAGCCCAUACCAAAUGUCACCGUUGCCGUUGGCCGUGAUGCGAAUCUGCCCUGUGUGGUCGAGCACUUGGGUGGCUAUAAGGUGGCCUGGAUACACAUAGAUCGCCAGAUGAUACUCACCAUACAUCGUCAUGUUAUAUCGCGCAUACCACGGUACAGUAUUACCUACACGGACAACACGUGGCUGCUGCACGUGAAUCAGGCGCAUCAGGAUGAUCGUGGCUAUUACAUGUGCCAGGUGAACACCAAUCCCAUGAUUAGCCAGGUCGGCUAUCUGCAGGUUGUGGUGCCUCCCAAUAUACUGGACAUUGAGAGCACACCAUCUUCGGUGGCGGUGCGUGAAAAUCAAAACAUCAACAUGACAUGUCGCGCCGAUGGUUUCCCUACUCCCAAAAUCAUUUGGCGUCGGGAGGAUGGCGAGGAAAUUGCCGUUGAGAAGAAGAAGAAAGUGUUGGUGUAUGAUGGCGAUGUGUUGCCACUGACCAAAGUGAGCCGCAAUGAGAUGGGCGCCUAUCUGUGCAUUGCCACCAAUGGAGUUCCGCCCUCGGUGUCCAAGCGGAUCAUAUUGGAUGUGGAGUUCUCGCCCAUGAUUUGGGUGCCGAAUCAACUUGUUGGGGCACCAGCUGGCACAGAUGUAACCAUCGAUUGCCACACGGAGGCACAUCCCAAAGCCAUCAUCUAUUGGGUGUACAACUCGGUUAUGGUAUUGCCGAGCAAGAAAUAUAAGACCGACUACACGGAGAACUCAUAUCGCGCUCACAUGAAACUGACGAUAAGAAACCUGCAAUAUGGUGACUUUGGCAACUAUCGAUGCAUCUCAAAGAAUUCACUGGGGGAAACGGAAGGCUCCAUUCGUGUUUAUGAAAUUCCAUUGCCAUCAACACCAUCGAAGCAAGUAACACACACCACCGUCGAGUCCAGGGAGAGCAACAUCAUACCCUCUUUACGCAACGAUACAACAAAGUCGCUGCAAACAGAUGUGUACGGCAUGAAAAACGAUUUGUUUACUGGCAGUGGAUCGUCCUUGGCGGGAUCCGGCUCCUCAUCGGCCGCCUCCUCGAGCUCGUCGUCCUCGAUGCAAACAUCCUUGCUGCCAGGUGGCGCCACCGGCAACAGUCUGUCGGCACUUAGUGGCGGAGGCGGGGCAGGGGGCGGUGCAGGAGCGGGAGGCAAGGGAUCAUUGGCGAUAGGCAAAAGCAUGUUUUACACCGAAAGACCACCGAAUUCAAAUGCAGCAGCUGGAUUGCUGCAUAGGCUGAGUUGCUUAAGUGCAGGAUUAAUCCUGCUGUUAGCUACACUUUGA